CACUGCAGUGACCGCACGAUAACACACACUAACCACAGCGGUCGAACAGAGUCAAAAGAUUUGCUGUGACUUUCUGUCCCACUGGCAGCAGAAGACAAGCGGAAGAGACGGAGGGGAGAGAAAAAGUCUCUUGAAGAUCAUGUUAAAACGGAACCUGGGUCAAUCCACGCGCUCCAUCUAUCUGGGCCUGGCGUGUCUGUCUCUCACUCUUCAUCUCCUGCUGGCCUGUUUCUGCCUCUCAGUCCUCCAGACCGCCUGCACCCCGCCCGCCUCCUCCACCUCCUCCAUUCCAAGAACAGAUCCUCAACCGCGUCAGUCCUCCUCGUCGCCUGCUGCCUCUUCCUCACACAAACCGCCAAGUGCCCCCCGGAAAUCGAACGCGUUUGACCCCGACGGGGAAGAAGCGCUCAGAGCUGAGACAGACGAAGAAAAAGAACAAACGAGGCUCCAAAACCUAAACCAGAGGGGGAAGGGUCGCUCCAGACUGGAGGAGCUGUUCAGACAUCCCCUCUAUAACCUGCCACGCCCUCCAAUGCAGCAAGAUGAUUGGCUGCUGAGGGUCAAAACAGAUGAAGAGGAAAAAGGAAGUGAGGAAGAAGAGGAAGACUUUCUUCCUCAUGACAGUGAAUGGCAAAGCGCCAGUCAGGAGGACGGCUAUGAUAAAAUCACUUGGACAAGCGAUAAGGAGACUCACCCUCCCUGGCUGCGGUUCCACUUGGGCAUCACUCGCUGGGAGCUGUACGACAGGAAAGACUCCAACCUGGACCAGCUGACUCACUAUUUGGCAACACAACCCAUCCUCGGAGCUGUUCAGAAGACAGGAGGCACGCAGCUCAAACUGCUGGUAACUUUCCCCAAUUACGGACAAGCGCUGCUCAAGCCCAUGAGACAAUCCCGAGAGGCCGAAACGGACACCAACCUCUUUUACUUCUCAGACUUUGAGAGGCACAACGCAGAGAUCGCCGCCUUUCACCUGGACAGAGUUCUGGGCUUCAACAGGAUCCCUCCUGUGGUCGGUCGACUUAUUAACGUCACCUCAGAGGUCAGAGAGCUCACCACGGACCGCCGGCUGGCGAAGACCUUCUUCACCUCUCCUGCCGGAAACGUCUGUUUCUACGGCCAGUGUGAGUACUACUGCUCAACAGAGAACCCGGUGUGCGGACGGCCGCACGCCCUAGAAGUUUCCAUGGCUACCAUGCUGCCCGACCUCUCCCUCGCUCCUCGCAGGUCGUGGAGGUCACCGUGGCGACGCUCUUACAGCCGCACCAAGCUGGCACAGUGGGAAACAAACCCCGCCUACUGUGACAAGGUGAAGGAAACGCCGCCCUACAACCACGGCUCCAGACUGGUGGAUCUCAUCGACAUGACCGUGCUGGACUAUCUCAUGAGCAACAUGGACAGACAUCACUAUGAGACCUUUGAGAGUUUUGGGAAUCAGACUUUCUUGCUUCACUUAGACAACGGGCGGGCGUUUGGACGCCAUUCUCAGGACGAGCCUUCAAUCUUAGCACCUCUCAAACAGUGCUGCAGGAUCCGUCGCUCCACCCUCCUGCGCCUGCGCCUCCUGUCCCGCCCUGACUUCCGUUUGAGUGAGGUGAUGCGUGAAUCUCUGGCUGCGGAUCCUCUGGCAGUCGUGGCGCCGCUCCUCUCUGAACCACACCUGUCAGCCUUGGACCGGCGCCUCGCAAAGGUCCUGAAGGUCGUAGAGAUUUGCCAGGAGAAGCACAGAGACGUCGUCUACGAUGACCUGGAGGAAUCUGAUCAAAACUAUGAUUCUCAGUCUGACUGAGAAAGACAACAAAACAAGAAAUGCCACAUUUUCAGUAAAAAAUAAGAAACAAUGAAUCUA